AACGAAGCUGCCGACGGUGAUAUGCAAACAAGUGCUUGCUUCGGUUCUCCUCCAAAUUGCUCAUAUACAGUAGCCAGCGUAUAACAGAAAACCGACGCCGGCGGAGGCGGAGGCGGAGGCGCGUGCAGAUUCGGAUUGAGUGCAGUUGCAGCAGCCAUGGCUGGACUUUGGGGAUUUGCAAUGAUUAUGGCUCUGUGUUUUGCGUCUGUGUUGGUGGAGUGUAAUUACAUGGUGUACAACACUUCUCAGGGCGUUGUUCCUGGAAAGCUUAAUGUUCAUUUGGUCCCUCAUACGCAUGAUGAUGUUGGUUGGUUGAAGACUGUUGAUCAGUACUUUGUUGGAUCAAAUAAUUCUAUUCAGGGAGCAUGUGUGCAAUUUGUGUUGAACACAAUGAUUCCAUCAUUGCUAGCUGAUAAAAACCGGAGGUUUAGUUAUGCAGAAAUGGCAUUUUUCAAGCGCUGGUGGAGAAAGCAGAGUGAAGCAAUGAAGGAGGCAGUAAGAAAGCUAGUGCACUCUGGUCGGCUUGAGCUGAUAAAUGGUGGUAUGUGCAUGCAUGAUGAAGCGGCGACGCAUUACAUAGAGAUGAUCGAUCAAACAACGCUAGGCCACCAAUUUAUCAAAGAGGAGUUCAAUGUAACUCCAAGAAUAGGAUGGCAAAUCGACCCAUUUGGACAUUCUGCUGUUCAAGCUUACCUAUUGGGAGCAGAGGUUGGAUUUGAUGCUCUUUAUUUUGCUCGGAUUGACUACCAAGAUAGGGCCAAAAGGUUAGAUGAGAAGAAGCUCGAAGUCAUCUGGCAGGGUUCAAAAACUCACUCUUCUUCCUCUCAGAUUUUUGCUGGUGCAUUCUACGCUGGAAAUUAUGAACCCCCAUCUGAUUUCUAUUUUGAGGUGGACUCACAGAAUUCCCUUCCAGUCCAGGAUGACAUCGAUCUAUUUGAUUACAAUGUUCAAGAUCGUGUCAACGAUUUUGUUUCUGCAGCCUUGGUGCAGGCAAAUGUUACACGUUCGAAUCAUGUCAUGUGGACGAUGGGCACAGAUUUCAAUUAUAUAUAUGCUGAGAGCUGGUUCUUCAAUAUGGAUAAGCUUAUACACUAUGUUAACCAGGAUGGCCGUGUCAAUGCUUUCUACUCAACUCCAUCUAUUUACACAGACUCCAAACAUGCUUUGAAUGAGUCCUGGCCUCUCAAGACUGAUGAUUUCUUCCCGUACGCAGACAGAAUAAAUGCUUACUGGACUGGAUAUUUUACAAGUAGACCAGCCUUGAAGGGCUAUGCCCGAAUGCUAGGGGGUUACUACUUGGCAGCUAGGCAGCUAGAAUAUUUCAGAGGAAGAAAUAAAUCAGGGCCGACAACCGACUCUUUGGCAGACGCAUUGGCAAUUGCACAACAUCACGAUGCAAUUGCUGGAACAUCAAAGCAGCAUGUGGCUAAUGACUAUGCUAAAAGACUUUCGAUAGGUUACAAGGAGUCCGAGGAUGUUGUAGCAGCUUCCCUUGAUUGCAUGACACGAUCAUCACCCUCAGGAGAAUGCAAGAGUCCCAUCACAAAGUUUAGCCAGUGUCCACUUCUCAACAUAACUUAUUGUCCUGCAUCAGAAGUGUAUCUUUCUCAUGGGAAAAAAUUAUCAGUACUUGUCUACAACCCUUUGGGAUGGAAAAGAUCAGCAACAGUAAGAAUUCCAAUAAUUGAAGAAAAUGUCUCUGUGAAAGAUGCCAUUGGGAAUCCAAUCCAAUCUCAGCUUAUUCCUAUAGUUAAAUCUUCAAUUUCCCUCAGAAAUUUCUAUGCCAAAGCAUAUACAGGCUCAUCCCCUUCAGUGACCCCCACAUAUUGGCUUUCGUUUACUGCAGUAGUUCCACCUUUGGGCUUUAGCACCUAUAUCGUUUCAACAGAUGCACGCAAAGCUUCUACUUUGUUAAGAUCAACGUCAUAUCCGGAUGAUGGGAGUGAUAAUGGAACUUUAGAGAUAGGAUCUGGCUACUUGAAGUUAAUUUACUCCAGAAGUGAUGGAAAGCUUAUGCAGUACACUAACAGCAGAGCCUCUGUUAAUAUUUCUCUUGAGCAAUCCUAUGGUUACUAUAUCGGAGAUGAUGGAGGAAGAGAUCAACCUGAGAAUAUUCAGGCUUCGGGAGCAUACAUUUUUCGACCAAACAUCACAAUCCCGAAACAAUUUCCGGGAAAGAUUCCAAUCACAGUUUUUCGAGGGCCACUCUUUGAUGAAGUUCAUCAAAAGAUUAGCUCGUGGAUAUAUCAGAUUACAAGAGUGUAUAAGGAGAAAGAGUACGCUGAGAUCGAAUUUACUGUUGGUCCGAUACCGGCUUCCCUUAAACAGGGAAAGGAGGUGAUAACUAAGAUUAGUACAAGUAUAGCAAGCAACAAAACAUUUUAUACAGACUCUAACGGCCGUGAUUUCCUGCAACGGAUUCGCAACUACAGAUCCGACUGGAACCUCCAAGUUAACCAACCAGUGGCAGGAAAUUACUACCCGAUCAAUCUUGGCAUUUACAUCAAAGACAGGAAGACGGAGCUCUCUGUUUUGGUGGAUAGACCGGUCGGCGGAUCUAGCAUCGCCGACGGCGAAGUGGAGAUAAUGCUCCACAGGAGACUAUUCCAUGACGAUAGUAGAGGCGUUGCAGAGGCGCUAAAUGAAACUGUCUGUGUUCAUAACCAUUGCUCCGGCUUAACCGUCCAGGGGAAAUAUUAUCUGAGAUUAGAUCAGGCUGGAGAAGGAGCCAAAUGGCGACGGAUAUUCGGUCAGGAGAUAUAUUCGCCAUUCCUUGUGGCUUUCGCUGAACAGGAUGGUAGCUCGAAAAGUUUCCCUACACCAACGUUUUCAGGCAUGGAUCCUUCUUACAGCCUCCCUGACAAUGUCGCAAUAAUAACCCUCCAGGAGCUCAAAGAUGGCCGUGUUCUCCUUCGCCUGGCGCAUCUAUUCGAGGCUGGUGAAGACAAGGAUUUGUCCGUCAUGGCAAAUGUGGAACUAAAAAGGGUCUUCCCAAAUAAAAAGAUAAAGAAGAUAGAGGAAAUGAGCCUAUCUGCAAACCAAGGCAGGGAAGAAAUGCAAAGAAAGAGACUGUCCUGGAAAGCCGAAACCGCCUUCACCACCACGAACCAAGUCACGAGAGGUGCACGUGUCGAUCCUGCCAAGCUUAUUGUCCACCUCGCUCCAAUGGAGAUUCGAACCUUCAUCAUCCUCUUUUAACUGACAAGGGGGGACACGUGGCUCUGAUGGUACUAUGUUAGGGGGACAUGUCGCGUUUGGUAAGCAAAAUAAUCUUCCUGCUAAUAGCGCUUUUUUGUCGUGUGUUUCCAAAGUCGCCAUCGAGUCACACGCGAUUAUUGCCUAAACUUUAUGCUGAACAUGGGUUGUCAACCACAAAACGCUAUUCCGUCAAGUCGUUUUUAAAAUUAAUUUAUCAUAAAACGUGCUUUCAC